AUGACACCACACCCUUUGGACCCUGCAACAUCGGGAGAAAUCCGACAAGCUACCGAUGUGGUCAAAAGUGCCUACAAGGGCGUCUCACUUCACUUCAAGGCAGGCGGACUUGAGGAGCCUCCCAAAGCCUCUAUGGUCGACUUCCUUGACGCAGAGCACAAUGGCCGACCUUUGCCUUUCAUUCCUCGUCAGGUGUUCCUCAUGUGGUACAUUGAGUACACUCCUCGCUUGUUUGAGGGGAUUGUGGACUUGAGUACCAACACUCUCGUGCACCAUGUUGAGAUGCCCCGAGACUUCCAUGGUCCGGUUGACCGGGCUGAGAUGAAUGAGGCGGCUCAAGUCGUCAUGAAAGAUCCUCGUGUUCAGGCCGAGAUAAAGCGAUUGAAGAUUGACGAUUCCACCGUCGUGCUUGACCCCUGGGAUUACGGUGUUGAUGGCGAGGAUACUCAGACACGGCACACGCAGGUAUUCAUGUACAUGCGCAACCCGAAGAACAACAGUCCCGAUUCCAACCACUACAGCUUUCCACUCGACUUUAUGGUCAUUGUUGACCUGUGCAAAAUGGAGGUGGAGAAGAUCAUCCGUUUGCCUCUUGGUUCAGACAAGUCUGCUACCACGGUGGGCUCUCAGGUGCCUCACCGUCGCACUAACCCCGUCGAGCCUGAGUACUACCACCGUCUGCAGAAGAGCCCUGCUCGCACUACUAUGAAGCCAUACCAUGUUAUCCAGCCGGAGGGUGCAUCAUUCACUGUCAAGGGCUAUGUUGUGGAAUGGGAGAAGUGGCGGUUCCGUGUGGGUUUCAACUGGAGAGAGGGCAUGACUUUACACGAUGUUUCAUUCGACGGCAAGAGUGUCUUCUACCGUCUCUCGCUUUCCGAGAUGUUCGUCCCCUAUGGUGACCCUCGCAACCCCAUCUACCGCAAGGGUGCCUUCGACCUGGGAAACGUCGGUGCCGGUGUGACAGCCAACAAUCUUCAACUUGGCUGUGACUGCCUUGGUCUCAUCAAAUAUCUUGAUGGAUGCGUGGUAGCAAAGGAUGGGUCCCCUUCCCCUCGACCUAACGCCAUCUGCAUCCACGAAGUCGACAACGGUAUUCAAUGGAAGCAUACUAACCACCGAACUGAAAAAGCUGUCGUUGUUCGCAAACGUCAGCUCGUUCUCCAGAGCAUUAUUACAGUGGCUAACUACGAGUACAUCUUCAUGUGGUACUUUGAUCAGUCUGGAGAGCUCACUUUCGAGACUCGCGCAACUGGUAUACUUUCUACUCAGCCUAUUGAUAAGGACGCCAAGGUACCCUGGGGAGCUCGUGUGGCCGAUGGAGUUAUGGCCCCAUACCACCAGCAUCUCUUCAAUCUGCGUAUCGACCCUGCGGUUGGUGGUCACAAGAACAGCUUUGCAUCCACGAACACCGUUCCAAUUCCCUGGGAUGAGGAAUUGAGUUCUCUUGGAACAGGAUUUGUCACACAGCAGCAGAUUGUCGACCGCGCUGGUACUGUUGAGGAUGAUAUCUCCAAAGGCAGAGUGUUCAAGAUUCUGAAUGAGAAUAUUGAGAACCCAGUUUCUUUGACCCCCAUUGGCUAUAAACUAGUGCCCCAUCGCUCACAGAUGCUCCUUGCUCGUCCAGGAUCCUGGCACUGGCGACGAUCCGAGUUCUGCGAGAGCCCAAUCUGGGUCACCAAAUACCAGGACCGUCAGCUUUUCCCGGCGGGUGACUACACUAACCAAUCUCUUGGAGGGACGGGCAUCAAGUCUUGGCUCAGUGGUAGCCGCGACAAGGUCCGUAACGAGGACAUCGUUAUUUGGCACACCUAUGGAUUUACCCAUAACCCGCGCGUGGAGGACUUCCCGAUCAUGCCUGCCGAAAUGGCGCAGAUUCGACUCAGCCCUUAUAACUUUUGCCUUUUCAACCCGACCAACGAUGUGCCCCCUUCCACUCAGAAGUUCAACAAGAGCAUUGAAAUUGAGGAGCCAAAGGCUGAGUCUGGGUCAUGCUGCUCGUCCACUGGCAAGAGCCACCUUUGA